AUCGACGAUUUGAACCAGUUUAAUAUUUUUCUGCCCAAAACAAGCAGGAGCAACUCCGUGGUCCACCAGCUAGAGGUUCCGGGUAGUUGUAAUGUGGUUCCUCGCAAAGACACCAUGAAUUCCACUGUAAGCGAACAGGACCAGGAUAUAAAUUUUGCUGCGUCAAAUACCAAGCGAAAAAACACACGGAGCGACUCGGUUUUUUCCACCGCUGCUGCUAGUGCGGCUGGACUACAGCAGUCCGGACUACAUGAGGCUGAACAACCAGGGGCCGCUCAAGAACCGCAACCGCAGUCUGCUGGAGCAUCAGCAGCACGUGGUGCCAAUAGAAACAAAGCUCCCCCGCCGCCGCCGGCUUCCCAACCCAAUUUGGUCGUCCGAGCGGUUUUUCCGAAACUCCUGCUCGAUUACGACGGUGUCACUUUACCAGACUUCUCCAAAGCCCUCCACCUGCUUUCGGAGUUUCGCGAGCACCGGCCGUGGCGGUUUCCGAACAAGGAGUUGAAUUUCGUUUUCCUCCCGUUCCCGCAUUUGGGCCUCGGCGUCCACGCCGACGCAAACUACGCGGACGCGUACGAGUACCCGACGAUCUAUGGAAGGAACUUCGUCUGUCUGGAUUUGUCCUUCCUCUAUCAUUUGUAAAAACGUCCCCACCCCGUAGUUGUAAUGCAAUUCUGCAUGCUGAAGAUGUUUCUCAUGUGGAGCCCCAUGAGAAGCGUUUUCUAGUCGGGUUUCGGAAUUUGUCAUGCUCCAAUUAGAGUGAUAUGCCGGAUUUGUGAUGCUAGUGAGCUAGCCAAACAGGAUUACACUACGAGGCCAAACUUGUCAUGCGCAACACUCAUACCUUGUGGAUUUGUCUAGCAGAUUUCCCAUCUUGACUAGGGGGUGGGAACGUUUUUACAUAGGAUAUCCUCGGCGCCUUCUCCAUCCCGGACAUCGAGCACCGCAGCCACUUGUUGCACGCGUGCGUGUAUGCAUUGCAAUAAAACGAUAUCGUACUAGUAUAAAUUGCAUUACAAAUUUUGUCAAGAACAAAACUGGAGUUUGUCAUGCUAUAUCAGGUAGAAAGUUCGAUUUGUCAUGCUAUAGACUGCAAUUACUACAGGGUGCGAUACUUUUGAAGAGCCUAUAGUGUGACGUACGCGUACCUGAAGCAGUUGGAGCACAUAAUUCCGGCGGGCUGGAUCACCGCGGGACUGUAUCUGUACCUGGCGGACCUGAUUGAGG